AUGCAGACUGCUUCUACAAACAUUUGUGAAAGAAUGGGUCACUCUCAGGAGCUCAGUGAAUUCAAGCGUGGUACUGUGAUAGGUUGCCACCUGUGCAAUAAGUCCAUCCAUGAAAUUUCCUUGCUACUAAAUAUUCCACGGUCAACUGUUAGUGGUAUUAUAACAAGUCGAAGCAAUAAGUCCAAGCAAUUGGGAACAGCAGCAACUCAGCCAUGAAGUGAGCGAGGUCAGCGCAUGCUGAAAUGCACAGUGUGCAGAAGUCGCCAACUGUCUUUAGAGUCAAUAGCUAAAGAACUCCAAAUUUUGUGUGGUCUUCAGAUUAGCACAACAAAAAUGUGUAGAGAGCUUUAUGGAAUAGGUUUCCAUGGC